GUGUUCCAGAUUGCAUAUGUGAUUGUGAAAGCGGCUAACUCCCCUAGGCCUGGAAACUGGAUCUUGGAACGCUCUCUCGAUGAUGUUGAAUACAAGCCAUGGCAGUAUCAUGCUGUGACUGACACGGAGUGCCUAACCCUCUACAAUAUAUAUCCCCGCACUGGACCACCAUCCUAUGCCAAAGAUGAUGAGGUCAUCUGCACUUCGUUUUAUUCCAAGAUACACCCUUUAGAAAAUGGAGAGAUUCACAUCUCUCUGAUCAAUGGAAGACCAAGUGCUGAUGACCCUUCUCCUGAACUGCUGGAAUUUACCUCCGCUCGCUAUAUUCGCCUGAGAUUUCAGAGAAUACGCACCUUGAAUGCUGAUUUGAUGAUGUUUGCCCACAAAGAUCCAAGAGAAAUUGACCCCAUUGUCACAAGAAGAUAUUACUACUCCAUCAAGGAUAUUUCGGUCGGAGGGAUGUGCAUCUGCUAUGGUCAUGCCAGGGCUUGUCCACUUGAUCCAGUGACAAAUAAAUCCCACUGUGAAUGUGAGCAUAAUACGUGUGGUGAUAGUUGUGAUCAAUGCUGUCCAGGAUUCCAUCAGAAACCUUGGAGAGCUGGAACUUUUCUAACGAAGACUGAAUGUGAAGCAUGCAAUUGCCAUGGGAAAGCUGAAGAGUGCUAUUACGAUGAAACUGUUGCCAGAAGAAAUCUGAGUUUAAAUGUACAUGGAAAGUACAGCGGAGGGGGUGUGUGCAUUAAUUGUACCCAAAACACCGCCGGUAUAAACUGUGAGACAUGCGCCGAUGGCUUCUUCAGACCCAAAGGGGUAUCUCCAAAGUAUUCAAGACCCUGUCAGCCAUGUCGUUGUGAUCCAAUUGGUUCGUUUAAUGAAGUCUGUGUCAAGGAUGAGAAACACGCUCAACGAGGUCUGGCACCUGGAUCCUGUCAUUGCAAAAAUGGCUUUGGAGGGGUGAGCUGUGAUCGGUGUGCCAGGGGUUACAUUGGCUACCCCAAUUGCCAGUCCUGCAACUGCAGUGGCAUAGGAAGCAGAAAUGAGGACCCUUGUUUUGGACCCUGUAAUUGCAAGGAGAAUGUUGAAGGAGGAGACUGCAGUCGUUGCAAAUCUGGCUUCUUCAACUUGCAAGAGGAUAACCGUAAAGGUUGUGAUGAGUGUUUCUGUUCAGGAGUUUCAAACAGAUGUCAGAGUUCCUACUGGACCUACAGCAAUAUACAAGACAUGAGUGGCUGGUAUCUGACUGACAUCUCCGGCCGCAUCCGAGUGGCUCCCCAGCAGGAAAACUUGGAUGCAUCACAACAGAUCAGCAUCAACAACGCAGAGGCCCGACAAAUCUUGCCGCAAAGCUACUACUGGAGCGCUCCGGCUCCGUAUCUGGGAAACAAACUCACAGCAGUUGGAGGACAAUUGACAUUUACCAUAUCGUACGACCUAGAAGAAGAGGAAGAAGAUACAGAACGCACACUCCAGCUUAUGAUUAUCUUGGAGGGAAAUGGCUUACGAAUCAGCACAGCCCAAGAUGAGGUGUACCUGCUACCAUCUGAAGAGCAUAUUAAUGUUCUGUCACUUAAAGAAGAAUUAUUUACCAUACAUGGCACAAAUGUUCCAGUCAGUAGAAAAGAAUUUAUGACAGUGCUUGCGAAUUUAAAGAGACUCCUCAUACAAACCACGUACAGCCUUGGGAUGGAUGCCAUCUUCAGGUUGACUGCUGUUACCCUUGAGUCUGCUGUUCCCUAUCCUACUGACGGAAGCAUUGCAGCAGCUGUGGAAGUUUGUCAGUGUCCGUCAGGGUAUAGUGGCUCCUCUUGUGAAUCUUGUUGGCCUCGGCACAGACGAGUUAACGGCACAAUCUUUGGUGGCAUCUGCGAACCAUGUCAAUGCUUUGGUCAUGCAGAGUCCUGUGAUGACAUCACUGCGGAAUGCCUGAACUGUAAAGACCACACAAGUGGCCCAUAUUGCAAUGAAUGUCUUCCUGCUUUCUAUGGCGAUCCCACUAAAGGUACCUCUGAAGACUGUCAGCCCUGUGCCUGUCCUCUCAAUAGCCCAUCUAAUAACUUUAGUCCGACGUGCCAUUUAGACCGGAGUCUUGGAUUGAUCUGUGAUGAAUGCCCUGUCGGGUACACAGGCCCACGCUGUGAGAGGUGUGCAGAAGGCUAUUUUGGUCAACCUUCUGUACCUGGAGGAUCAUGCCAGCCCUGCCAAUGCAAUGACAACCUUGACUUCUCCAUCCCUGGCAGCUGUGACAGCUUGUCUGGCUCCUGUCUGAUAUGUAAGCCAGGUACAACAGGCAGCUAUUGUGAGCUCUGUGCUGAUGGAUAUUUUGGAGAUGCGGUUGAUGCAAAGAACUGUCAGCCCUGUCGCUGUAAUGUCAACGGCUCCUUCUCCGAGGUUUGCCACACUCAGACAGGACAGUGUGAGUGUAGACCCAAUGUGCAAGGAUGGAAGUGCGAUGAGUGUAAGCCUGAGACUUUUGGCCUAAAAUCAGCAAGGGGAUGUGUUCCCUGCAACUGCAAUUCCUUUGGGUCUAAAUCUUUCGACUGUGAAGAGAGUGGACAAUGCUGGUGCCAGCCUGGAGUAACAGGAAAGAAAUGUGACCGUUGUGCCCAUGGCUAUUUCAGAUUCCAAGAAGGAGGAUGCACAGCUUGUGACUGUGCGCAUUUGGGUAAUAACUGUGACCCCAAGACUGGUCGAUGCAUUUGCCCUCCCAAUACUAUUGGAGAGAAGUGUUCUAAAUGUGCACCCAACACCUGGGGCCACAGCAUUAUCAGUGGUUGUAAGGUUUGCAACUGCAGUUUGGUGGGAUCCCUCAAUUUCCAAUGCAAUGUAAACACAGGCCAUUGCAAAUGUCAUCCAAAAUUCUCUGGUGCAAAAUGUACAGAGUGUAACCUAGGUCACUGGAAUUACCCUCACUGCGAUCUCUGUGACUGCUUCCUGCCUGGAACUGACGGCACAACCUGUGACACAGAGACUAAGAAAUGUUCAUGUAGCGAUCAGACUGGCCAGUGUACAUGCAAGAUGAACGUGGAAGGUGUCCACUGUGACAGGUGCCGGCCUGGCAAAUUUGGACUUGAUGCCAAAAACCCACUUGGCUGCAGCAGCUGCUAUUGCUUCAGUGCCACUUCUCGGUGCUCUGAAGCGAAAGGACUGAUCCGUACAAGGGUAACACUGAACCCUGAGCAAACCCUUCUGCCACUGGUGGAUGAGGCACUGCAGCACACAACUACCAAGGGCAUUGCUUUUCAACACCCAGAGAUUGUUGCACACAUGAAUCUGGUGAAACAAGAUCUCCAUUUAGAACCAUUUUAUUGGAAACUUCCAGAACAAUUUGAAGGAAAGAAGUUGAUGGCCUAUGGUGGCAAACUCAAGUACACAAUCUAUUUUGAGGCUCGGGAAGAAACAGGUUUCUCUACCUAUAAUCCUCAAGUUAUCAUUCGAGGUGGGACUCCUGCUCAUGCUAGAAUUAUCAUUAGACACAUGGCUGCUCCUCUGAUUGGCCAAUUGACAAGGCAUGAAAUUGAAAUGACAGAGAAAGAAUGGAAAUAUUAUGGUGAUGAUCCUCGAAUCAGUAGGACUGUGACCCGGGAAGACUUCUUGGAUGUACUAUAUGAUAUUCAUUAUAUUCUUAUCAAGGCUACUUAUGGGAAUAUCAUGCGACAAAGCAGAAUAUCGAAUGUAAAUCAGGUGACAGAAGCCAUAGCAAGUUCGCACUUCAUAGAAGAUAACAGGGGCUAUUCCGGCUUGUCCUGUGAGACAUGCUUGCCAGGAUUUUAUCGACUACCUUCUGAACUGGGUGGCCGCACCCUUGGACCAACCCUGGGCACCUGUGUUCCAUGUCAGUGUAAUGGACACAGCAGUCUGUGCGAUCCUGAAACGUCCAAAUGCCAGGCUCACUCUGGCUGUUGUAUUGAAAGUAACCUGAAGCGAGGACAGGUAGAAGCAGGGACACCAGUUCCAGGCAAGAGAGGGGGCAGCUUGGUACAGGGUAAUGCAGUAAUGUUAGUGAGGGCAGCACCAGUAGUAUUUGAAGAUGGAAUAUAUGACAAUUUCAGUCCUACUUGCAUCAUGGAAGGCCUCGAUGAUUACCGCUGCACUGCUUGUCCACGGGGAUAUGAAGGCCAGUACUGUGAAAGGUAUCCUCUUUCCCCUAACACUCCUGCAACACACUUUUUUCACAAAAUCUAUUUGCUCCUCCUUCGUUUCUUGGUUUGUAUCAUCGUCCCAUUUCGGGUUUGUGGAGAUGAAUGCACGGGCCUUCUUCUCGGUGACUUGGCUCGUCUGGAGCAGAUGGCCAUGAGCAUGAACCUCACUGGUCCGCUGCCUGCUCCCUAUAAAAUGCUAUACAGUUUCGAAAAUACAACUCAAGAACUAAAGCACUUGCUCUCGCCUCAGCGGGCCCCCGAGAGGCUCUUUCAGUUGGCAGAGGGCAAUCUGAAUACGCUCAUGAUGGAAAUGAAUGAGCUUCUGACCAGGGCUACCAAAGUGACAGCAGAUGGCGAGCAAACUGGACAGGAUGCUGAAAGGACAAACACAAGAGCAAAGUCUUUAGGAGAAUUCAUUAAGGAUCUUGUCCAGAAUGCAGAAGCUGUAAAUGAAAAAGCUGUAAAACUAAAUGAAACUCUAGGAGCUCAAGAUAAGGCUUUUGAGAGAAAUUUGCAAGGACUUCAGAAAGAGAUUGAUCAGAUGAUGAAAGAAUUGAGGAGGAAAAAUCUAGAUACACAAAAGGAAGUUGCUGAAGAUGAGUUGGUAGCUGCAGAAGCCCUUCUGAAGAAAGUUAAGAAGCUGUUUGGAGAGUCUCGGGGGAAAAAUGAAGAAAUGGAGAAGGAUCUUCGAGAGAAACUGGCUGACUACGGCAACAAAAUUGAUGAUGCUUGGGACCUAUUGAGAGAAGCCACAGAUAAAAUCAGAGAAGCUAAUCGCUUGUCUACAGCAAACCAGAAAAACAUGACUGUUUUGGAGAAAAUGAAGGAGGCUCUUGAAUAUGGCAAACGACAAACUGAGAACACUUUAAAAGAAGGCAAUGACAUCCUUGAUGAAGCCAACCGUCUUGCAGAUGGAAUCAACUCAGUGAUAGACUACGUUGAAGACAUUCAAACGAAAUUGCCGCCAAUGUCUGAAGAGCUUAAAGAUAGAAUAGAUGACCUCUCCAGAGAAAUCAAGGACAGGAAGCUUGCUGAGAAGGUGUCCCAGGCCGAGAGCCAUGCUGCUCAGUUGAAUGACUCCUCUGCUGUCCUUGAUGGAAUCCUUGAUGAGGCUAAAAACAUUUCCUUCAAUGCCACUGCGGCCUUCAAAGCUUACAGCAAUAUUAAGGACUGUAUUGAUGAAGCAGAGAAAGUUGCCAAAGAAGCCAAAGGUCUUGCAGAUGAAGCUACAGAACUGGCAACAGGUCCUCAGGGCUUAUUGAAAGAAGGUGCCAAAGCCUCUCUUCAGAAAAGCUUCAGGAUUCUUAAUGAAGCCAAGAAGUUAGCAAAUAAUGUAAAAGAACAUGAUGAUCAUCUGAAUGGCUUGACAAGCAGGUUAGAAAAUGCAGAUGUUAGAAACGGGGAGCUCCUGAAAGCUUUGAACGACACUUUGGGAAAGUUAUCAGCCAUUCCAAAUGAUACAGCUGCAAAACUGCAAGCUGCUAAGGACAAAGCAAGACAAGCCAACGACACAGCAAAAGAUGUCCUGGCACAGAUUAAAGACCUCCACCAGAACCUCGAUGGCCUGAAGAAAAAUUACAAUAAACUAGCAGACAGCGUAGCCGAAACAAACGCUGUGAUAAAAGAGCCUUCCAAGAACAAAAUCAUUGCAGAUGCAGAUGCCACUGUGAAAAAUUUGGAACAAGAAGCUGAUCGACUAAUAGAUAAACUCAAACCUAUCAAGGAACUUGAGGAAAACCUGAAGAAAAACAUUUCUGAGAUAAAAGAACUGAUAAACCAAGCAAGGAAACAAGCCAAUUCUAUCAAAGUAUCUGUGUCUUCGGGAGGUGACUGCAUUCGAACAUACAAGCCAGAAAUCAAGAAAGGAAGCUACAAUAAUAUCAUUAUCAAUGUCAAGACAGCUGUUGCUGACAAUCUUCUUUUUUAUCUUGGAAGUGCCAAAUUUAUUGACUUUCUGGCUAUAGAAAUGCGUAAAGGCAAAGUAAGCUUCCUUUGGGAUGUUGGAUCUGGAGUUGGACGUGUAGAAUAUCCGGAUUUGACUAUUGAUGACUCAUAUUGGUACCGUAUUGAAGCAUCAAGAACUGGGAGAAAUGGAACAAUUUCUGUGAGAGCUCUGGAUGGACCCAAAGCCAGCAUUGUGCCCAGUACAUACAAUUCAGUCUCUCCCCCAGGGUAUACUAUUCUAGAUGUGGAUGCAAACGCAAUGCUGUUUGUUGGUGGCUUGACUGGGAAACUAAAGAAGGCCGAUGCUGUACGCGUGAUCACAUUCACUGGCUGUAUGGGAGAGACAUACUUUGACAGCAAGCCUAUAGGGUUGUGGAAUUUCCGAGAAAAGGAAGGUGACUGCAAAGGAUGUACAGUCAGUCCUCAGGUGGAAGAUAGUGAAGGGACUAUUCAGUUUGAUGGAGAAGGUUAUGCAUUGGUCAGCCGUCCUCUUCGCUGGUAUCCAAACAUCUCCACUGUCAUGUUCAAGUUCAGGACAUUUUCUUCAAGUGCUCUCCUGAUGUACCUUGCCACACGAGACCUGAAAGAUUUUAUGAGUGUAGAGCUCAUCGAUGGACACAUAAAAGUCAGCUAUGAUCUGGGUUCAGGAAUGGCUUCCGUUGUCAGCAAUCAAAACCAUAAUGAUGGGAAAUGGAAAUCAUUCACCCUGUCCAGAAUUCAAAAACAAGCCAAUAUAUCAAUUGUAGAUAUAGAUACUAACCAGGAGGAGAACAUAGCAACUUCUUCAUCUGGAAACAACUUUGGUCUUGACUUGAAAGCAGAUGACAAAAUAUAUUUUGGUGGCCUACCAACACUGAGAAACUUGAGUAUGAAAGCAAGACCGGAAGUAAAUUUGAGGAAAUAUUCUGGCUGCCUCAGAGAUAUUGAAAUUUCAAGAACCCCAUAUAAUAUACUCAGUAGCCCUGAUUAUGUUGGCGUUACCAAAGGAUGUUCACUGGAGAAUGUUUACACUGUAAGCUUCCUUAAGCCUGGUUUUGUGGAGUUGGCCCCUGUGCCAAUUGAUGUAGGAACAGAAAUUAACCUGUCCUUCAGCACCAAGAAUGAGUCUGGGAUCAUUCUCUUGGGAAGUGGAGGGACACCAGCACCACCUAGAAGAAAACGAAGGCAAACUGGACAGGCCUAUUAUGCGAUAUUCCUGAACAAAGGCCGUCUGGAAGUGCAUCUCUCCACAGGGGCACGAACAAUGAGGAAAAUUGUUGUCAAACCAGAGCCGAAUCUGUUUCACGACGGGAGAGAACAUUCUGUUCAUGUAGAGAGAACUAGAGGCAUCUUUACUGUUCAAGUUGAUGAAGAUAGAAGACAUAUGCAAAACCUGACUGUGGAACAGGCUAUUGAAGUUAAAAAGCUUUUUGUUGGGGGUGCUCCACCGGAAUUUCAACCUUCACCACUCAGAAACAUUCCUCCUUUUGAAGGCUGUGUGUGGAACCUAGUUAUUAACUCUGUCCCCAUGGACUUUGCACGGCCUGUAUCCUUCAAAAAUGCAGACAUUGGUCGCUGUGCAGAUCAGAAGCCCCCUGAGGAUGAAGAUGGAGCAGUUCCUGCUGAAAUCAUUACCCACCCAGAGCCAGUUUCCACACCUACCUUGGCUGCACCCACCCCGGUUCUGGUACACGGUCCUUGUGCUGCAGAAUCAGAACCAGCUCUUUUGCUGGGGAGUAAGCAGUUUGGGCUUUCAAAAAAUAGUCACAUUGCAAUUGCAUUCGAUGACACCAAGGUUAAGAACCGCCUCACAAUUGAGUUUGAAGUGCGAACUGAAGCUGAAUCAGGAUUGCUUUUUUACUUGGCUCGGAUCAAUCAUGCUGAUUUUGCUACUGUUCAGCUGAGAAAUGGAUUGCCCUACUUCAGUUAUGACUUAGGAAGUGGUGACACCAAAACCAUGAUCCCCGCUAAAAUCAAUGAUGGCCAGUGGCACAAGAUUAAGAUUAUGCGAAUUAAGCAAGAAGGAAUUCUUUAUGUAGAUGAUGCCUCCAACAGAACCAUCAGUCCCAAGAAAGCUGAUAUCCUGGACGUUGUGGGAAUGUUGUAUGUUGGAGGUCUACCGAUCAACUACACUACCCGAAGAAUUGGUCCAGUGACCUACAGCAUUGACGGCUGUAUCAGGAAUCUUCAUAUGGCAGAGGCCCCUGCUGACCUUGAAAAACCAACUUCCAGCUUCCAUGUUGGGACAUGUUUUGCAAAUGCUCAGAAGGGAACAUACUUUGAUGGAACAGGUUUUGCCACAGCAGUUGGUGGAUUCAAGGUGGGAUUGGACCUUCUUAUAGAAUUCGAAUUCCGCACAACUAGGACCACUGGAGUUCUUCUGGGAAUUAGCAGCCAAAAAAUGGACGGAAUGGGUAUCGAAAUGAUUGAUGAAAAGCUCAUGUUUCAUGUGGACAAUGGAGCUGGCCGAUUCACUGUGGUCUAUGAUGCUGGAAUCCCAGGGCGUUUGUGUGAUGGACAAUGGCACAAGGUCACUGCCAACAAGAUCAAACACCGCAUUGAGCUGACAGUUGAUGGGAACCAGGUGGAAGCCCAAAGCCCAAACCAAGCUUCUACGUCAGCUGAUACAAAUGACCCUGUGUUUGUUGGAGGUUUCCCAGGCGGCCUCAAUCAGUUUGGCCUGACGACCAACAUUCCGUUCCGAGGAUGCAUCCGAUCCCUGAGGCUCACCAAAGGAACCGGCAAGCCAUUGGAGGUUAAUUUUGCCAAGGCCUUGGAGCUGAGGGGUGUUCAACCUGUAUCAUGCCCAGCCAACUAAUAAAAAUAAGUUUAACUCCAAGAAGGGUCCCUCAAAACAAGUAUAUCAAGUAAAACAUGUAUAUUUUACCUAUGUAUGUUAAUAAAACUAAUUGGUACACCUGUAUUAAAUUC